GCUGGUUGUACAAGAACAGAAGAAAACAUCUUUUAUCCUCAGAGAGAGAGAGAGAGAGAUCUCAGAGCAGCAAGAUCCUCUAACAGAGAGAUGGGGGCUAGCACAAAGAAUGAUGGGGGAAGUGUGCUGAAUGCGGUUUGAGCUCUAUUGCCUACUGUUAUAGAUAUAAGCUAAACUUGUACGAAUGAGGAGCUUACUGGCAUCAAUAGAGACCCCUCCAAAAGCUACAACAAAUUUCCCACGCAGGCUCAGACACGUUCUCCAGAAUCCAUAGUAGAUAUGGAGACUGUCACUGCUUUGGAGGUGUCCCUGUCACGGGAUACAGAGAAAGCCAGGAAGAUACAAACCAAGGAGAAUAGAGAGGAUGAGACCCCAGAACAAUGGGGCGAAUUUCAGGGGAUAUGGGGCAGAGGGAAAGAAAUGGAGAAGUGUUGGUGCGAGAGUGGGCUACAGGGAUGUUGUGACGACAGGUGGACUGCAUUUAGAGAUGUUAACACUGAUGAGUCACAAUUGGUUACUGAGCUGACAGAGAUGUCUGAACACAGUGGACCAUGGUGGUGUGAAGACAGCACAAGGCCAUGUGAAAGAUCAACAAAACAUUCUGUAAAAAAAAGCAACCUGCAAAGAAUUUUUGAAAAUUGCUUCCCACCAUUUUCACAGUCAGUGGUAGAAGAAGAUGUGACACCAUUGGAGCUAUAUACUAGUGGGGAAAGCCAUACACAACACAGGCAAGUAGAACAGCUCUGGGGCACAGCAUGUAGUAGAUGGAGACAGAGUGAUCCCAGUUACAAGUGGGAAGGAUCCAGACUUCACAGUUCCUACCUCUCCAUGCUUCAUAUCAAGCCAAAAAAUCAGGAGGGACAAUCAGCACGAUGCUUGCCAAACCCUCAAAAGGUCAAGUCACUUGCCGCCUCUCCAUCCAUCAAUGAAAAAAUUCAGGCUCAGAAAGUGAGCACAGUUGCCAGAAGGGAACCAGAACUGAAGCUAAUGAAGGUUGCCUCUGUGUCGGUCCAUGUAAGUGGGUUCAGCCCAUCUCAUCACUUGCAGUCUUUGUUCCAGCACUGGACACAGCCCAAUGGAAAAGCAAGGCUGACGGUGGCCUACAACUUUAACCACAGCCUGUUAGUUUAAUGGCUCCGAGCCAUACGUUAGGAUGCAAACUGGCCUGGUUUGUGCAGUGCCCAGAAACCUUUUGUCACAGAUACUUAUAUUUUCUACAAUAAAUUUUAGUGGUUAAUAUAGA